UCCGUCCACGUCACAACCUGUAAGAUCGGAAUAAACCCUCAGGUGCCGUUGGAUAUGCUGUCACACGUACAACGCAGUCGGAUACUAUCCGGUAUAUCCUUUCGCACAAGUCUCUGCUUUAAUUACAAAAUUUAAACACCAAUAAGAUCAAACGCACAACAACUAAUCACAACACUUUAAACGAAUAUUCCAAAGCAAAUUCCCCAAACACAAUUUUGUUUAUCACAAACAAAUCUAUUUCUUUAUAACUCUCUAAGAUAUUUCCUUUUUCUUCUAUAUCUCUUAAGCCCAAUUAACGUUGCCAGCCUACCCCGAAUAUAAGUCUGUUGUGAGAAAACACUUUUAAUCACCUCACUGUUUUGGUUUUAGAACUAGAAAAUGGCAGGAUUUGUGAGAGCAAAACGAGUCACCGAUCCACUCAACGAUAAGGUUAGGGCUCAAAUCGUUGGUCAUCAACUCAGUUAUGUCAGCAGCGGAAGCGAAUACUCAGCCGCCGAUGAUGACUCUCCGUGUUUAUCAGAACUCGUUCACGAUUUUCUUGAAGACGAGUUCCAGAGUGAGUCCAAGGGUUACGAUUCAGAUUCUGAUCCAACCGACUCCGUCGCUGACUUCACAGAUAAGAUCGAGGACAUCCUCAAAACGAGGGCAAGCAGCAAUGUGGAUUUAUAUAAGAAUCUACUACAAACUCAUGUCUUGAAAGCAAUGGAAAUGUUUUCGUGCUUGAGACUGCAAAAAAGUGUUUUCAGUCGUAAAGUCAUGACCUUUCUACGCGAACUAGGCCACAAUGCGGCGAUCUGCAAGACGAAAUGGAACUCCUCUGGCGGCCUCAACGCCGGCAACUACGAGUUCAUCGAUGUGGUCCAAUCAAAUUCGUACAAGUUGCAAUACCGGUAUUUCAUCGACCUUGACUUCGCUUCCGAAUUUGAGAUCGCGAGACCGACGAAUGCAUACUCGAGAUUGUUACAGUGUCUACCUAGGGUUUUCGUUGGCAAGAGUGAAGAGUUGAAGAGUAUCGUGAAAGUGUCGUGCGAUGCCGCCAAAAAAUCUCUCAAGGCAAGAGACCUGACGCUGCCUCCCUGGAGAAAAAACCGCUACAUGCAAAACAAGUGGUUUGGUCCUUACAAACGGACCGUGAAUCCAAGUCCGACUGGUUCGUUCCCUCCCCCGGUUGUGCGAUCGGUAAAUAACGGUGUUAAAUGUAGGCGGGUUGGGUUCGAUGACGGUGUAAACGGCCGUUUAUUUCUCCGGACUAGAUGAAUGUUCGUCUUUUAGUUAAUUAAAUUUUUUGUAAUUUUAAUGAAAAAAAAUGAGUAAAGCAUAAAGCAUCUGGUGUAACGCGGCAAAUGCACAUCGUGUACAUGACGGCGCACGAUAGCUGUAAAUCACGUGAAAACAAUGAGGGUUGGUUUCGUAAAUAGAACGACUGAAUUUUGACUAAACGUGAACAUUGGAUGGAUUUUAUUAUUAGUUGGGUUUUGGAUUAGGAGGUGAAUGACCCACAAGAAUACUUCGUCCAUCUCUAACCAUAAACAGUAAAUUAG